AUGGAGGCUGGCUCCGUGGUACGAGCUGUCUUUGAUUUCUGUCCCAGUGUGUCUGAAGAGCUGCCCCUCUUCGUGGGAGAUGUCAUCGAGGUGCUAGCCGUGGUGGAUGAGUUCUGGCUCCUCGGCAAGAAGGAAGGUGUCACAGGGCAAUUUCCUAGCAGCUUUGUGGAACCUGUGGAUAUUCCCCUUUUGAAGCAGGGAGAAAAACUGUUUGUUUGUACCAGUGACUUCACAUCUCAAGAGCCAGGGAGCUUGUCAUUGCAGAGAGGAGACCUGGUGAUCCUGGGUGGGUCCCUGGCCUCCAGCUGGCUCCAGGGCCGAAGCAGCUGGGGUUCCAAGGGCUUUUUCCCUUCAUCAUGUGUGCGGGAGCUGUGCCUUUCAGUUCGGAGCCGUCAGCUGUCCCAAAGUGCUCUUCUGGAGGUGCCUGCCUACUCACUGGGCCAAGCCCGGGCCCUGAUGGACCUGUCUGCUCAGCUGGAGGAGGAACUGGACUUCAGGGAAGGGGAUGUGAUCAACAUUAUUGGUGUUCCAGAGCCUGGUUGGUUUGAAGGUGAGCUCAGAGGCUGCAGGGGCAUCUUCCCAGAGGGUUUUGUGGAACUGCUUACUCCUCUGCGAGCACCAGGAACCUCAGUGGAUCCAGAGCCCACAGAGACUUGUGACACCAAUGGGACAGUGGAGAUGCCCCCCAAGGAGGAGGAGGAGCCAGGGAGCACCUAUGGUGUGGCACUCUAUCAGUUCCAAGCUCUGGAGUCCAAGGAACUGGAUUUUGAUGUGGGUGACAGGAUUCGGAUCAUAGGCGUUCUGGAGGAUGGCUGGCUGGAGGGGGAGCUGAGGGGGAAACGUGGCAUCUUUCCACACAGAUUUGUGAGGGUGGAAGCCUCUGAGCCUUGCAGGGAAAAGGCAGAUCCUUGCAGGAGCCAGGCAGUUUCUUCUCCUGACAGCUGGGCAGCUUCUGAGCCCCAGGAGAGCCAGAGCAGCACCCAGGACACGGAUGGUUGGGUGGACAGUCAACAGGAGAAGUCCAAACCUUGUUCCUCCAGCUUGGGAGGUACCCAUGUGGGCCUGGACACAUGGUCUGGGAGCUGGGGGGAAUGCUGCCCGCUCACAGCACAGGGGGAUGGCUGCACGGACCUUGACUCCAAACUGACAGAGCAGCUGGCGCAGUUUGAGAGGAGUCUGUCAAGUACCGGUGCUGAGCAGGAGAAGGUCUCCCGCCACUUCUCUAUCUUGGACUACAGCUCUGAGAAGGACAUUGUCCGUGGGUCUCCUGAAUGCGCCCCGCAUGCCAGGCAGCCAGAGAGGAGGAAGGCUCUGAGGCCACCCCCUCCUCGGCCCAGCAGUCUUGCAACAACCCCUGUGCACACACUGGGUGGCCAGGUGCCCAAAGGCAGGUCACUGUCCUUCUCGGUCAAGCCCUCCCGGCCUGCGCCCCGACCUCCAUCAAGCAACCAGAGGAAAAACGUGGGACCUCUGCAGCUUCAGCCCAGUGCCCAGGAGCAGCGGGUGGAGGAGGGACGUGAGGACUUGACGCAAGCAGGAUCAGCUUCCCCCCGCUCCAUUCUGCUGACGAGGAUCGGAGAGGUGGAACGAGACCUGGAGGCUUACGGCAAGACCCGCACUGAGCUAAGCCUGAUGCUAGAGGAACAGCAGGAUGAGCUGGUGCGAGCAGAGACCCUGGAAAACCUUGAUUUCUGUGACUCCAACAUCGAGAGCCUCAGCGUGGAGCUGCAGGAGCUGAGAGGUGUAGAGGAGUGA